AUGGAUGUUUUUCAGGAAUAUGCUCGAAGGAUUGCAAAACUAUCGAUUGAGUGCAAACUUGAUAUCAUUGAGGAUAAGUACGUCGAGUCUUUCAAUCCAGGAAUGAUGGACGUGGUUUUUCAAUGGGUUAACGGGUCCACUUUCGCGGAAGUCGUGAAAAACACCGACAUUUUUGAAGGUUUGGUGUUCUUCAGUUUUUAGAA